AUGAGGGCGUGGCUGGUGAUUUCCAGCCUUCUGUUGGUGGUCCAACUAUGGGCCUUCAACAUCGACACCAAAAAUGCGGUAAUACACUCAAUGCCCUCUGGAUACUUCGGCUACUCGCUUGACUUCUACAAUGAGGAGAAGGGAAUGCCUGUGCUUGUCGUUGGUGCACCAGAAUCCGAGACGACAAAUCCGCAUCUGCGAGGUAUCCGAAGGCCUGGCGCCGUCUACGUCUGCUCAGUGAAUAAGGCAACUUGCAGAGAAGCGCAUAUCGACACGAAGGGUGAGACAAAGAACAUUCGAUGCUAA